ACUGAGAAAUGGACUUCAUCACAGAAAAGGACUGCAGAAGAGAAAUUCUGUUUGCUGGCUUUCACAAGAAUGGAUGGUCGGUGAAUAAAGGAAUACAGAUGAGAUAAGGGCAGAAAGGUGCUAGACACCAUCAUCUAGUAGGUGGGCAAAGGGGAUGUCUGCAUCCAGCUGGCCUGGCAAUGUCACCUAUAACAUGAUAGCCCAGGGAAAAUACACCUGUUUGUACCUUUGAGCCCCGUGGCCCUACAGCUGCAAAUCCAUGUAGUCAGGAAUAAUCUCUCUCCAUGGAGAAGUGCUUGCUGUGAGUCGUUCAUUCUUGAGGAGGGAUCAGGGUCAGACAAUACAUUCCUUCACCAUCUUACUGCAGCACCCAUGAGAUGUGGGACUACUUGCUGCUAGCUGGUGGCAGAACAUUGUUACCCCUUGCUCUUGUUAUGUCCAGUUUUGCCUGACAGUCCUGGUUUGCCUCAGGACAAGAAGGCACUGCAGGGCUCUAGGGAGUUCAAGUUGAGGAGCUCGGCCCCUGGCUUCCAAAGCAAACACUAGAACUUUACUCCCGCUUUCUACUCCUGCCUUUAAUAAUGAGUUAGCAAGGAGGAAGCUGGGGAAGCCGUGACCGGGAUCGCUUUAAGAGCUUUAAGUCUCUCUCUCUCACUGAGAGCACGGGUUCCAGAGCUGCAACUCCCCCGAGACAGGGCUGCCAGCGCCACCUGGUGGCACCCUCAGCCCAAUCCCGCACAGCUUUCCGCCCUUCGACGCUUCCCUGGAAGCCCAGACCACCCUCCGUUCCCAGAGCAGAGGCUCCGUCCGGCUGCGCCCACCGUGUGCCCGCUCCGGUGCCGUUCGCUUGGGCACCCGCUGCGGUUCCCGGCCGGAGCCCGCCUGUGCUGCAGGCGGCCUGAGGGGUCCAAUUGAACCCCAGCCGCCUCCUCCUCCCUGCAGCUCUGGAGCUGUCUCCUGGCAGCCUCCUAUUACCCCAGCCCCAGCGAGGUCUCUCAUCUCGGUUAGGAGCAGGACCGUGUCACUGUAGGGCUGACGGUGGUUCUUACGGUGGUUGGUGCCACCCUCCCAUAUGUGUCACCAGCUGAGCUGGUAUAAAACAGUGCACGCUCUCUGUGGAUGCUGGUGAUGCACCCUCUCCCAGGCAGCUGAGGCAGACCUGCUGUUUGAUAUUGACUGAUUGCCUCUCUGCUAGCUCACAGCUCCAGCUGGGGCAGGCUACCUCCACAGCUCCAGCUGGUAAGCACUUCUGCUUCCAGUGAAUAGCCAUGAGUUCUUCUCACCUAAGCAACAGAACUGAGAGACACUUUCGAUCCCCAGAGGAGCAUGAGCUGGAGGCUAUGGGGAAGAAAGCUUGGGAUAAUCCUGUCUACAAUGGUUCUCCCUCUACCUCCUUAAAGAUUCGAGCCAUCUACAACCCCAAAUCCAUUCUGGAGAAUUCGUAUGAGAGCUUUGAAGAGGUGAGGGAUCCAAUGCCUUACCAGGAGGAACAGAACAAAACUAUGGAGGGGAAGACAAGUCCUUUCCUCAAGUGCUGCUUCUACAUCUUCAGAGGCAUCCGAGGUCUGUGGGGCACCACACUAACUGAGAACACAGCUGAAAACAGAGAACUUUACGUGAAGACCACUCUGCGAGAGCUCCUGGUCUACAUUGUGUUCUUGGUGGACAUCUGUCUGCUGACAUAUGGUAUGACAAGCUCCAAUGCCUAUUACUACACUAAAGUGAUGUCUGAGCUAUUCCUGCAGACCUCUUCAGACAACCGUAUCUCCUUCCAGUCCGUCGGCAGCAUGACUGACUUCUGGGUGUAUGCACAAGGUCCUCUUCUGGAUAAUCUUUACUGGACAAAGUGGUACAACAAUGAGUCCCUAGCAGUGCACAGCACUCAGUCAUACAUCUAUUAUGAGAACUUGUUGCUGGGUGUCCCACGCAUACGACAGCUGAAGGUGAAGAACAAUUCCUGUGUGGUCCAUGAUGACUUCAAAGAGGAGAUCUCAGGCUGCUAUGACGUAUACUCAGAAGACAAAGAGGAAAAAGUCUCCUUUGGACUCAUCAAUGGAACAGCGUGGAGGUACCAUUCUGAGGAAGAGCUGGGUGGCUCGUCUCACUGGGGAAGACUAACCAGUUACAGUGGGGGAGGAUACUAUGUAGACCUCAAGUUGACCAGAGAAGAGAGUGCUGAAGCCCUGCAAGUCUUGAAGGAGAAAUUAUGGUUGGAUCGUGGAACUCGAGUUGUCUUCAUUGAUUUCUCAGUGUAUAAUGCAAAUAUCAAUCUAUUCUGUGUUCUGAGGUUAGUGGUUGAGUUUCCAGCCACUGGUGGUGCCAUUCCCUCCUGGCAAAUCCGGACAGUCAAGCUUAUACGAUACGUCAGUGCAUGGGAUUUCUUCAUUGUUGCCUGUGAAAUUGUUUUCUGUAUCUUCAUCUUCUACUAUGUGGUGGAGGAGAUUUUGGAGUUGCGUAUCCACAAACUUCAGUACUUUACCAGCAUAUGGAACAUCUUGGAUGUGGUUGUUAUUCUGCUCUCCCUCAUUGCUAUUGGGUUUCACAUCUUCCGUACCAUUGAGGUGAACAGACUGUUGGGGGAGCUGCUGAAACAUCCUGAAACCUAUGCGGACUUUGAGUUCCUAGCAUUCUGGCAGACUCAGUACAAUAACAUGAAUGCAGUCAACUUAUUCUUUGCCUGGAUCAAGAUAUUCAAGUAUAUUAGCUUUAACAAAACAAUGACUCAGCUGUCCUCCACAUUGGCACGUUGUGCCAAGGACAUCCUGGGCUUUGCCAUUAUGUUCUUUAUUGUCUUCUUUGCCUAUGCCCAGUUGGGUUACCUUCUUUUUGGGACACAAGUGGAAAACUUCAGUACCUUUGUUAAAUGCAUCUUCACCCAAUUUCGGAUUAUUCUUGGUGACUUUGACUACAAUUCCAUUGACAAUGCCAACAGGGUCCUUGGGCCUGUUUAUUUCGUCACCUACGUGUUCUUUGUUUUCUUUGUGCUCCUGAACAUGUUUCUGGCCAUCAUCAAUGACACCUACUCAGAAGUCAAGGAGGAACUUUCAAGCCAGAAGGAUGAGCUGCAGCUCUCAGACAUCCUGAAGCAGAGCUACAACCGGACACUCAUGAGGUUGAAGCUGAAAAAGGAACGGAUUUCUGAUGUGCAGAAAGCACUGCAGAAUGGAACGAAAGAACUGGACUUUGAGGACUUCAAGAACAGCUUGAAGAAGCUGGGCCAUGCAGACCAUGAGAUCACAGCAGCCUUCUCCAGGUUUGACAAAGAUGGCAACCUCAUCCUUGAUGAAGAGGAGCAACAACAGAUGAAGCAUGACCUAGAGGCAAAAAGGGUUGCUCUGAAUACAGAGAUUGAAAAUUUGGGGAAAUCCUAUGGUGGCAGCAACUUGGAUGAGAAUCUAUCCUACAUGGAAGCAAGGAAUAACCAUACCAAUAAGGCCAGCUGGGUCUCCAAAGAAGAGUUACAAGUUCUCCUGCAACGUGUGCUGCAUCUGGAACAGUCCAUACACAGCAUUGGCUCCAAGAUUGAUGCAGUGGUAAGCAAGCUAGAAGUGCUGGAAAGAAACAAGCUGAAAAGGAAGGAUCUGAUGGGCAAUCCACUGGAUAACGGUAGGAAGGAAGAAGAACCCAGACUGGAAGAGCUGCCUUCCCAGAGCUUAGACCAGCUGGAGAAAGAAGCAGCAGAAGUUUGGGGAGUGGAAUGUGUACAGGGAAAUAACCCAGGCUGCAUCUCUUCUCAGAAUGGGACCUGCCCAGUCUUGAUCAGGUCAAGUGUUCCAGGGUCUCAGGCACCCCAGAACAUCCAGUCACAGUCUGAGUGCUUCUAGCAAACAGCCCAGUGUUCCCAGUCUGGCUUCUGCAGUACUAAGUCACUGUCAGUUGUUUUCCCCACUGUUAGAAUAGACAGAACAGCUGAACACAGGCACCACUGUUGCCAGAGACUGGUGAUGUGAAAAAUUAGGUAUGUUCUUUUCCAGCAUAGUGAUGUGUGAUGUCCCAGGCCUAGAACUUCUGGCCCCUGUGUCUCUGGACUAGGUAGAAAUUUGGAACCAGGUAUUUUAUUAGGUUUCUGUCUCUGAACAGGACAACUCAAAGUGGUUUUUUUUCUGUAUUUUCCCAAGAUGUAAAGACCUCAGAGCUCUGGAAGCACUUGGAUCCAGAAAGGGAAAUUGCAAGCUCUUCCCCACAAACACAUGCUUACUCUCACAGUUGUGAGGAAAAGUUGAGGUAAUCAUGUAAAUAAAGUAGAAUAUAAUCAUUAGCAUGAGACAGAAAGGAGAAAACAGUUGUGUCUACGUGGUUACCACCAACUUUGUUCUGUUGUAAUUUGUAUCCAGAACAUUUUGGUAACCCUCUUUGGUUACCAAAGAUUCAGGUGUUGGUUGGUUACCUUAGAUUCAGAUGUUGGGAAAAAAUAGGAACCUCAGUCAAGAUUAUUAAAAUGAGAGUUUACUCACAGUGUACUAGGAGGAGAUCUGAAAUUGAAGAAACAGCUGUUACUGAUAUUCUGAGGUCUGAAUGUCAGAGAACAGACUUCAGAGUUUCUAACACUGCUGCUGACGUUAAAAAGAUCUUUGUCUAUUUCCACACUACUCAAGGUGCGUUUCAUGAUACUGGACAAAGCUAGUACCAUAUUUACAAAAUUAUGGCACUUCUAACUUUCAUGAAAACAAUUUUGCUUGCAGUUGUAGGUGCUGACACCAUUUCAGAUUAGGAAUAUUGUGAAAAAUGUGAUGUGAACAUCAGCUUCUCAACCACAUGCAAGAUACAUCUUUUACAGGCGUUUUUGACUUUGAAACUCCUAUUUCCUUGUAGUUGGGCAGAUUGCAGCUAAUAUAAGUCAGCACUGCAUUUAAUGAACGUGUUCUGAUUUACACCUCUGGGGAAGCUGGCUUGUUGUCCUGUGCUCCAGCUCAGCAGUUUAAUUUUGUAUAGUUUAUGUUAGUGGUUGGUUGGAUUUGGAUGAUCUUAGAGAUCUUUUCCAACCUUGGUGAUUCUAUGAUUUUAUUGCAAUCCUAACAAGCGCACAAAUAAUUAAUAUCUUUGAGGAAUGUUAUCAAAAGAUCUUGUAAAAUCAGCAGGGGUGAAAAUUUACUUCUUCUUCGCCCUAUUUUCCACUUUUUUUUUUUUAAUGUACCAGAUCUGGAGGUUGGUGGCCCUGCCUGUGACAGGGGAGUUGGAACUUGAUGAUCCUGGGGUCCCUUUCAAGCUAAGCCAUUCUAUGAUUCUGUGAAUAGUAAGUUUCAUCCUGGGGCUGCUGCAAAGUUUGUCUUAGAGAUCACUUUAUUCACUGCUGAAAGACAACUACUUAUGGACUGAAAAUGUCACUAGUGGAAAAAUUUCAGGGCAGGACCACUGUAAAGGCAUUUGAACUAUCUUAAUUGCUGAUAUUCUGUAAUAGUUAACUACAAGUAGGUUCUGUAGGCCAAUGGAAAUGUGAGUUGUACCAGACCACUGCUAACAACUCAGAUUGAUGCUGCACUGUUUAGUGUGCUCUGUGAAAGACCUAGUGGGGAUGUUGCACAGUGGCAUUUUGUAUUGCCACCCUUUCAAGAAGGAUGUGUUGUUAUGCUAUGGGUAAAGCUUCCCUGGAAAUGUAUGAGGGACCUCAGGAUCAGCCCUUCCCCAGACAGGCCAGGCUCUAGAGCUGUCACAGCUACAUAACAGUGCUGACAAACUGAAAAAGAGGGUUAUUCAGCUGCAAAUUCCCAGUGGGAGCUGUGAGACUGUGUCAGACAGACCACAGGGAACUUGGACUUCAGCUAGGAUCUAUAGGGUCUCCCAGCUCUUUCCAUCAGCUGCUUCUGCUGCUGGGGACAAGACCAUGGUUCUUGACUCACAGUUUUAUUGAAUUCAGAAUUGAGCAAGAGCUCAAUUAAGCACGAGCUCUUUGCCUUUAGCUUUUCCAGCUGAACUCAGAACAAUGAUGUUGCUUAUUUCCUUCUACUCUCAGCAUCGAAACCAUUAUCUUAUGCAGGAGAAAACUGCUUAUAUCAGGGACCUGAGAACUUAAUUAAAAUUUUCAUAAAAAAUCCAUGUGCUAAAUUAUAAUCCAGAAAAGGAACUAUGUGCUUCUAGCAGACUCGAAUGGCAUGCACAGCCCCUUACCAAUGCGAGAACUGAAAUGUGUUAGUGACUGCAGAUGGAAAUGGUUAACGCUCUGUAUGUCAAGAAGUACAUAAGAAAGUUCUUCGUUAAAAUUGUUUGGAAAGGCCCUGUCUGAGAUCCUGGCUCAACAGCAGACCAUGGUUACUGAGGCUUAACUGCAAAAACAAAACUGCAAGCCUUUUUAUAGAGGGGAGAGAUGGUGAAAGAUGUGUUGCUGGCUGGGGCCACAACUGCUGUGGGGCCAACAGGAUCCUGAACCUAGGUGCUGCCAGGAGCAGGAGGGUGAGGCCUUGCUUUAUAAAGCCUUACAUCUCACACAAGGAGAGUAUUGCUUUGUUCUGCUCUGUGGAAAAGGUGGCGUGAGCCCUCCUUGUUCGCACUGUUCCUGUUCCCCUCCUGCACCUCACCCACUGAGGGAGGGAUGCUGUAACCACUGCAGAGCAGCAUAUAGCCCUGCUGUCACUGCAUGCCAGGAGCCAGCCUCUGCCCUACCAUCCUUCCUGCACAGACCCCCUGCAUGAGGGAAGGCAGGAGAGGCAAAAGGACAGUGGUGCAGCAGCUGUGCUCAGAACCACACAGUAGGGACGAUCAGCCACAGGCAGGUCAUAGGUAACACAGGCUGCUAUUCAGGGCUGUAGGUUACCGGAGGAGCAAAGUGGUCACGUUUCAUGGCUGGGUUUGUUCAUGCCUGAACCCUGGCAGGCUAUCUUUCCCCUCUAAAGGGUGAGCAUAGAGUCUCCGCACUCUGCUGAGAAGCUUUUGCUCAGCUCUGGCUGGGAUCAAGUAAGAAACACAGGCUGCAGUGGUCUCCUGGGUCUCAGCGAGAGGUCCUUCCCCUCUCACCCAGUGUUUUGUCAGAAAGACCACUCCCUAUACCACAUGCUGUGAUUUCAGUUGUGCCAGUAUCACCGAGUGUAAAAUAACUUCUGUCACCAGUAAUGCCUAUGUCUGCAUUGUCUUCUCUCUUACUUGUACUUCUACAUGCAACUGUCUUGUCUGUACUGUGACAUGCUGUCAUGUAAACAAUGUGCCCUAGAGUUAGCAAGGCAAUUAUUUGUCUCCAGCAAUUGCUCAUGUAUAAUACUCAAUUGUGUGCUCAAGCUGGUUGAGAAACAACAUAAAUACACUGAACGGUAAAUUUAUGCAAGGUGCUAUUUUCAGAUGAAUGUUGUAAGGCAUCCUAGCAGCAACUGGUGUUACUUAGAUAAUAUGUGUCUCAUGGGGAAAGUAAAGUGCUUUUUCCUCGA